AUGAAUAUUCAAACGAAACUCUUGAAAAUCAUGCUGCGAUUAUGGAGUCUAACGUUGGCUGUCAGUUUAAUAAGUCUACAAUUAACAACAGCCUCUUUGUUGGAAUCAUCCACAAUAAAGGCUACAGACUUAGCAUCAUCAGUGACAGCAUCACCAGCCUCUGAAUCAACCACACAAGAUACACAAACAAAAGUUCUGCGACUAACAACAACCGCCUCAACGAUACAGUUAAGAUUACAGGAUAGUGAUGAUGAUGAUGACGCUGAUGCUAAAGAUAAAGAAAAACUUGUAUUAUCAUCAAAAGAGUUUUCAAGUAGAGAACAGGAAUUGCCAACAUCAACUGCAGCUUUCACUACGAUUUCAUCUUCAAUAUCUACUCUGGGCUCUUCAAAUGCACCGGCCACCAUUACCAACCAGGCCAAGGAUAUGCUAACAAGACAACAAACAGCAGCAGCAGAAGUGGCUGAAGAACAUUUAGAAAAAAGCCAGGAAGAUAAAAUAGCUGAUACAACAACAGAAAAACCAUAUAAAAACAAUGAUGAAUUAGAAAAGGAAAUAAAAGAAACUGAUUUAAAACAGGUCACAGAAAGUGUUGAGCAAGAACAACAGCAGCACCACCAGCAACAACAGAUAACAACGGAAGUUAACUGGCAAAGGGAAACGGAUAUGCACAAACAAUCAACGGGAAAUGCCAGAAAUGCAGAGAAUGAUAUAAAAAUUACAGCAACAAUAGCAACACAUUCCACCACUAGCAGCAGCACUACCACCACAACUACAGCGCCUCAUGAUACAACAACCAGCACAACCUUCUAUGCAGACACCAACAACAAUAAUGAAGAUGAGGCUGUUGUAGCUGCCACUUCCCCUACCGAACAACAACAGACAACGGAUCAUAUUAAACAAAAGGAAAUUGCAGGUGAUAAUAUUCAAUUUGCUACUCCACAGCCUUUAAAUGGUGAAAUGGAAUCCAUAACCUUGACUUUGACCCAAGACAGACAGGCUAUGGAAGAUUUCAGGCCUCUCAUUAAGGAUGCCAAUGAAAAGUUAAUCAAAGAACGUACCAUAUUCUCUAGUAAACCUGAAAUCAGCAAUGAGGAGUGGAAACAAAAUCUGAUGCCAAAUGAAUUGGAAUAUAAGGACAAUAAACCUUUAAAUUCCAAGAGCUAUCAACAUAAUAUUAACUGGAGUCCUUAUUUACAUCCAGCUACUCCGGUUACCGAUUUUACCGGCAAACUAUUGCAAGAGCAGGAUGGUGUUAUUACCGAAAUAGAGCAAAAGUUUCGUUUAAAUGAAUUUGUUAAUAAUGAAGCCAAACCUACCAAGAAUCCUUCCAUGGAGUUUAUAGAGAGAAGGGUAAAGAAAAGUUUUGAUUUUCCCAUGCAUCGAGUGGCCAGUGAUGCCCAGCACUUGCAGCAACACUUUGACUUUGCCAAUACGAAAUUCAAUAGCAACACCAAGGAGCCACAAAAUACCCUAGAUGUUAACAGUGAAUCAGGGCAGCAAAAGGAAGAUGCUCCCGCUGCCAGGCCACAACCCGAGUUCUCCACCACCAAGUUUUACAAUAGCAAGGAACUAUACAAUGAAAUGCUGCAACACAAAUCUAAACUAAUGCAGCAGCAGCCACAACCUCUUUCACACAGCAAUACUCACGAAAAAGACCUACAAGAUCUCUCCAAUAGAGCACCCUCGUUGGCUCUAAACAGUUUUGCGGUGUUGCACUCUCCCAAAAUAGCCAAACUAGAGGAAAUACACGAAACGAAAGAACCGCAACAACAGAAAAGUUUGGCCAUUAAAAAAGUAACAGUUAAGACCACCAAACACAAGGAGUUAAAUUUCUCUACUGCAACAUCGACCACAACUAAAGCAGCUACCAGCAGCAGCAGCAGCACCAGCUCUACAACUACUAUGAAACCCAUUACUAAGGCAGCUCCCACAAAAGCCUUAACAUUGGAUACGUUAACAGAAAUGCCUUUAGCUGCUUUGGUUAAAACGAAAAAAUUUCAAAAGGAAUUAAAACGAGCUAAGCUGUUAAUCAAAUCAAUGAUGCCCUUACAAAAUACAACAGCAACAUCCUCAAUACCAGCCAUAACAACAACUCUAACUGACAGCAACCAUAAAGAAGAAAUUACCACCAGCACCCUUUCUCCUUCCUUAACACAAACUCAAUUGGAAACUAAAAUAACCAGCCAAACACCAGCAAAUCCCCCCAAAACAUCUUUGCGUCCCAUAGUACGUCCACGCAUUUUAAGUCGUCUACAAGAGAAAAUCAAUUCUUUGGAAUGUGAAUUGCAAAAUCUGCCACAAGAUUCACAUUUAUGGCGCGGCAACGAAACGCAUGAAUUGCUAUUGCCCAUAAUGACUCCGGAGAAUUGUAAGACCGAUAAAGAUUGCACAGCCAUGAUGGUUUCAUGGGAGGGUGAGGCGGAAAUUCAAUCUGGUGAUAUAUUAAUUGUUGAAAUAAAUGAUGCUCUAUUGACUCCCAAGGAUAUAAACUUAACGACCAGUGCACACAACACUCAGGUGUAUCAAGUAACACGUUCCGGACAUGAACAUUGUGAUGUUACCGAAGGUAUACUGCUGGAUAUCACACCACUUAUUGUGGAUGGUAGAAAGUUGGUAACACUAUACGAUAAGGACCUUACCGAAGGAGUUAACUUGCUAAUUGUUGUGUCUGAACUGUGGGGCUCUCAGUGUGUACGUCUCAAGGUCACUACGAAAACCGAAAAUUGUGGUGAGAAUGCAGAUUGUUCGGGCAAAGGCAUUUGCUAUUCCAACUAUGAUAUGGAAGAGUAUGAGUGUCAAUGCUGUAGUGGUUUUGCCGGACCACACUGUGAGGAAAUUGAUGCUUGCACACCCAGUCCAUGUACGAAUAAUGGCAUCUGUGUGGAUUUAUCACAAGGUCAUGAAGGCAAUUCAUACCAGUGUUUGUGUCCAUAUGGUUACACAGGCAAAAACUGUCAAUAUGAAUUGGAUCCCUGCAAUCCGGCCGAGUGCAUGAAUGGAGGCAGUUGUGUGGGGAACUCCACACAUUUUAGAUGCGAUUGUACGCCCGGCUAUACAGGUCCCCUGUGUCAACACAGUCUCAAUGAAUGUGAAUCAUCACCAUGUAUUCAUGGUAUAUGCGUCGAUCAGGAGGAUGGUUUUCGUUGUUUCUGUCAACCAGGUUUUGCCGGUGAACUUUGCAAUUUCGAGUAUAAUGAAUGCGAAUCGAAUCCAUGUCAGAAUGGCGGAGAAUGUAUCGAUCAUAUUGGUAGCUAUGAGUGUCAUUGCAGCAAGGGAUAUACGGGCAAUCGUUGUCAAAUAAAGGUGGAUUUUUGCGCUAAUAAACCAUGUCCUGAAGGACGACGCUGCAUUGAUCAUGGUAAUGACUACAGCUGUGAAUGCCUCGGGGGACGCAAUGGACCAGAUUGUAAUGAAAUGCAAAGAACGCAAUGUAAUGUAAAUCCAUGUACACAUGGUGGCACCUGCUGGUCUAGUGGGGAUUCAUUCUAUUGUGCCUGUCGACCUGGUUACACGGGUACAAUGUGUGAAGAUGAAUUUGUUGUAGAAACUGUUGUUAGUUCCAGUGAAUUUAUGGUUGAUGAUACAAGUGCUCGGAAUUUUAAUGAUAAAAGUUUUGGUUCAUCGGUUGUUCUAAAGAGCCCCAUUGAAUUGCACAAUGCAUACACGGCGGCCAUUGUGCUGGCAUUAGUCAUCUUUUUUGUCGCUCUCUAUCUCACCAUCUGCCAUUGUAAAGUAAAUCAAACGUAUCGAAAAUUCUCAACACGUACAUACGGUUUCCUGCCCAUACUUGGCUUUCGUUUGCGCACCAAACAGGCAACAUCAAAAAUUAGCAGACAUUGGUUGAGUGGCAAAGGUUUGGGCAUUGGCAAUGCAAUGCGAGGUGGUGGUGGUGGUGCAACGUCAUCAUCAACAACAUCAGCAUUGCAGGCGACAACGGGUGCAUCGUCACAAAGAAAUAGCGUUGGACAUUUGCCAACCGCAAAGGCGUCAUCUGGUACCCAGCAACAUACACACGUUGGUCAAUUAAAUGAGCGGCCCUUUCAACGUCAUUUGGCCAUGAACUUGGAAAACGACAUGUACUAUACAGUAGAUUUUAGUGAAAAUUCUCAACACUCACCGCUGAUACAGUGAGAUUUAACGUCAGCACAAACAGCUAAAGCAGCAAUGUUAAAUAGUGGCAGCAGUGGGCAACGGAAAGGUGGUGGUGGUGUUGGUGGCGUUGAUGCUGUGACAGCUGGAGUAACGGCCGUUGGUAGUUGUAGAAAAAAUCUUGUUAAUGCUUUGGUUAAAACAAAAAAUAAUGGUAGCUCCUUUGGUAUGAAUAGUAAUAAUUGGUUAGUUAAAUUUACAAAACGCUCUUAUUAAAACCAAAAAAAAAUGUU